CGUUGCUCAGUUCUCAUUCAACCUGUCCAAGGGCGAACGCCAGUCGAACAGCUGAACUAUAGCCAGUGUAUUACGAGCAUUAUUUAACAUCGCACCAUGACUGAGUCUGAGCUAAAACUGUUUACGCGUAAGGGUCUGGCCGAAAGAAACACGAAGACGGAUGCAGUGUUCGUCAUUGAGAACGUAGUGUAUGACGUUACUAAAUUCCUGGACGACCAUCCUGGAGGUCACGAAGUCCUUUUAAAUGUGGCCGGGAAAGACGCAAGCGAGGAUUUCGACGACGUAGGCCACAGCUCUGACGCCAAAGACAUGAUGAAGAAAUACAUCAUCGGAGAACUGGUCGAAGAAGACAAAGUGCCAACGAAAAGGAAAGAAUAUAAGUGGUCGGAAACUGACUCCACGACGAAUACAGAGAGUUUCUUAUCCUCUUGGAAGUUCCCAGUUGUACUCGGGCUUGUGAUGACUGUGCUGUAUUCGUAUCUAUUCGGCUAGUACGCAAUAAGUAGAUAUGUACAAUUAAUGAUAUCAUCUUCGUUUCAAGAAGUUUCUGUGCGAUAAAAUUAUUAAUUUUAGUCAAUAUAGCGUAAUGAGUGUGAAGUUGAUAUAUGUUUACGAAAUUGGGUGUUUGUUUUCACGUUCAAAAUACAUCAUUCAACCGAAGAAAUAGGGUUAUAAUUUGCAAUAAAAAUCUACUUAUGCUGUGUAGGAGAUAGUUAUUUUUCUAUCUACAUACAUUACACAGUAAUAUGAUUGUAAUACCAGAGAAAACAUGGACUUUACAUGCAAAUAGAGUGCCAAUUUAGUCGUACUUGUGUAUCUCUCAAACUAUUUUUUUUUAUUUAGCAGUAAAAGAGUUUGUAUUCGCUUCAAUAGUUAUUAUCGAAUCAUGUUCAUGUAUUGUUAUUCUACAUAACGUAAUACGUAUUACGUUUACUGUACAAUCACGUUUUUCUUUAAUUCGCGCUGUAAAAUUUAACUGCAUAAUUACCUAUAAUUAUUUUUGACUUUGCUGCUUCGAAUUCGAAUGUUAGCAACCCAGUCCAGAAAAAUAAAACGUAAUCGUUAUUAACGACGGUAGAUAAUGACUAAUAAUUAUCUCAAGAGCGUUUUCAGUGAUAUUACUUAAUAUAUACCUAUGUAAAUAGGUAAGCACUUUAGUACAUAAUUGUCAUUGAAAGUUACGACUAACGUUAUAUUUUAUUGUUUACUCUAGGUUCUUCAUGAGUGUUUACAUAGGAGCUCUAUGUUGUGUGACCAAAUAAAUAAACCUACCUACUUAUCAAG